AUGCAGAAGGGUAAAUGGCUGCUUACAGCUCGAAAUGCACAUUGGAGAAUAAAUUUUCAUGGUAUUUUGAACUUGCAAGCAGACGAAGAUCACGAUGGCCAUCAUCCCGCAUCCAAGCGAAGACCUUCGCACAAGAACUUCUGGAGAAAAAUCAAUCAACGACGACACGACCAACACCACUCGACUACCGAUAAAUCAGUCAAAAUGGUCAACGUACCCAAGACCAGACGCACUUAUUGCAAGGGCAAGGACUGCAGAAAGCACACUCAGCACAAGGUCACUCAAUACAAGGCCGGAAAGGCUUCGCUAUUCGCGCAAGGAAAGCGUCGUUACGACCGAAAGCAGUCCGGAUACGGAGGUCAAACGAAGCCUGUGUUCCACAAGAAGGCGAAGACUACCAAGAAGGUCGUGUUGAGAUUGGAGUGCACAGCAUGCAAGACCAAGGCGCAACUGGCGUUGAAGCGUUGCAAGCAUUUCGAGCUUGGUGGUGAUAAGAAGACCAAGGGUGCGGCAUUGGUAUUCUAG